AGUUUGAAUCAAAUCUCGGUCAUAGCCACAGCACUUUCCCCUACACUUAGGGAGCUCCACACACGAAUAUUUAUUAUUUUUUAAUUCUAGAGGAUUAAACAGUUGGAUUAAAUAGUUGCUAAAUUUCCAAUAGAUAGAGACAGUUUCCAGUUAGUUGCGCAAUCGAGAAAAAUGUACAAGUGCACGCAGUGCGGACACCUGAAGGCGUCGCUCGGCUCCUCGCCGGCCUACAAGUGCCGACGCACAGCGACCGAGUCGGAGGAGGAGGUGGGCGUCUCGGAUAGCUGCAGUGUCUGCCACUGCUUUGCCUUCUUUGCGCUGGUGCCGGAGCCGGAGCCGGAGCCGGAGUGGGCAACCCCACAGAAGCCGCCCAAGGGCCAAAAGCCGAUCGGACACGUGAGGGGUUGGAGCGUAGAUCGCACCGUUAUUAAGCCCACAAGGCCAGUGCUGCUGUGCGAGUCCUGCCAUGGGGACGGGAACGGGAACGGGAACGACCAGGAAGUACCGGCCAAGCAGCGCAUCAGAAUGCUGGAGAGAUUCUCGCUAGCCGUGAAGGAGCUGGCAAAGACGAGCCACCAAGAGCAGCAGCAGCAGCAGCAGCAGCAGGUGGCAGCGCCACAGCAGCUCCCAAAGGCAACGGACUCCGAUUCAAAGACUUUGGAUGAACAGGAACAUGUGCAUGUGGAUAAGGUGCUGGAGCUGGAGCUGAAGCUGGAGUCGCCCCGCCACGAUAGUCGCGAAGUGCAGCGAAAAUCUAGCGGCCACUCGCUGCACAAGUCGCGGGGGCUUCGCUCCAUAAGAAGCGACUUCAAAAUGGCCGAGAGCUUGCACAAGCACAAGACUGUGGCACGGCUGGCCAAGUCGAAGCUGCAGGUCAGCAUUCAACUGAAGAAAGCCCAGAUGGAGCUGGAGAAGCAGGAGAGGCACCAGCUGCGCGCACAGGCCCGCAAGGAGCGCAACAAGCGUCAGAGCGGAGGUGCAGGUGGAGGUGGAGGAAAUCUCUACACCCCCACGGCGCCGUCGAUGUGGCAGGGCGAGGAGCUGGAGCGACUCUUCGGUGUGUCGCCCCCCUGCCAGGACAAAGGCAAUGCUCGAGCCGAUGCGCUGCUCAGCUCGCUGGUGGAAUGGCUGCAGGAGCAAGCCACCAAAAGCCAGGAUCAGAACAGGCACAGAAAGGCACAGACACCGGACAGCUUGCAACUCUCGAAGGCGAGGCAACUGAAACAGCUGGUCGCCUCGGUGGUUCCCGUGAAGCGGUGCAGCUAUCAGGGCAUCCUUCAGGGCUCAGCCACGAGGAGCAUUUGCCUGGUGAAGCGCACGGACUGCACGAUGCCAACCAAGGUGGACACGCCGUCGCUGGCAACUCAGUUCCGCCCGGUGUCCUACACGGACGAGGAGCUGCUUGGCGUGCUGAUGGACAAGUAUCAAAUGCUCGCGGACAGGCGCCCCAUGGACCUGAUCAUGCGCUGUGAACCCAUUCACUGCCCCGACGCCCGCUGCACCAGAAUGUGCUUCCCGUCGGACCUUCACGUCCAUCUGCUGUACGACCACCAGAGGCUGAUCGUGGAGCAGGUGGGCGUGCGACAGACCAGGACCCUCUUUCUGGACCCGAAGGCCGCGCGACUCCAUGCGGCCACACCCAUCAUGCUGUACCAGCUGAAGGACAAGAUCACCGACUCAGGCGGGCCUCGGGCCAGGCUGGUGGCUGGCCUGCUGCCAGUGCUCCUCAUGGCCGCCCGCACCCGCUACUCGAAAGUGUUUGGCCUCGACGCCGACAAUGCGUCGCAGGAGGAGAUGCUGAUCGUGUGGCUGAGCAGCCACCGAUCCACCAACAUGCAGCUCCUGGCCACUCUCUCCGUGGCGUCAACGCGCGCCAAUCUGGCUGACACCCUGACGGUGCUAACAGCCCAGCCCUACGAUCUGCGCGAGCCCAAGGACAUGGCCGCCCUCAUCUGCAGUCCCUCCACGCUGGUUGUGCCGCACGGCCUGCUCCAGCAAAUGACGCAGCGCGGCAAAGACCUGCUCGCCGUCCAAGUGCACUUCCACUAGGAAAAGGAUUCAUCUAUGCCCAUCCAAUCCAAUCCAAUCUGCAAUCAAAUGAAUUUGAGUUCAAUUAAAACAAAUUCUUAAAACGUUAAAUUA